GAAAAUUUUCAUCAGUACAGUUUCGCUCUGCUCGUGAAUAAUUUCAUAAUUAUAUAACAAAAAAUGUCUGGACGUGGUAAAGGAGGAAAAGUAAAGGGGAAGGCAAAGUCCCGUUCAAAUCGUGCUGGAUUGCAGUUCCCAGUGGGUCGUAUUCAUCGUCUGCUCAGGAAGGGAAACUAUGCCGAACGUGUUGGAGCUGGAGCACCCGUUUACCUGGCCGCAGUGAUGGAAUAUUUGGCCGCUGAAGUGUUGGAAUUGGCAGGAAAUGCCGCUCGUGACAACAAGAAGACCAGAAUUAUCCCACGUCAUCUGCAGUUGGCUAUCCGUAAUGACGAAGAAUUGAAUAAGCUGCUGUCGGGUGUAACUAUUGCUCAAGGCGGAGUUUUGCCCAACAUCCAAGCUGUUCUACUGCCCAAAAAGACCGAGAAGAAAGCUUAAAUAAACAACGAAUUCGAAUUACAUGAAAACCGAGAACCCAACCGUCCUUUUCAGGACGACAAAACAUUCUUAACUAAGAGUAACAAUAUUUUUUUUGCCUACGAUUUGCCAUUUGUUUCGAUCAAAUCCAAUCCUCAGUUACAGUGUACAUUAAGAUUAGGAAAGCAUUUGUUUCAAAAACGAUAUGAGUACAUCGUUACACUAAUUUGAAAUCUUAAUCUAAGCUCAGACGGCAUAACGCGGCGAGGAAUGUGUCCAGAUGAAACCGAAUAUAGGGACAUGAAAUCAACACUGGCAAACAGUAUUAAUUACACAAGCGAAAUUUUGUUGGGUAAAACAUGAUGAUCUCACGCAGGUAGUCGAGCUGGCCCAAAGGAACCAAAUUUACAGAGGGUAUACCAGCUGCCAGAAAAAAAAACAUUUCCGUCCAUAUGUACAUAUCAUUUGUAAUUUAGGCAUAAACGACCUCUUAGUAGGAAGCAACAAAAAAAAGUAAAAAGGUAGCAAAAUCCAGAAGUGCUGCUUUUUUUU